AUGCCUGAAGUGGCAGAGGAGGGCGGUGUCGUCAGUUGAGACUUUGGUCGUUAACUGUGAUUGGCUCGAACGCAAAUGUGCCGUGUAUUCAAUUAAUAUUUAUUUGAAUAAUUGAAAAGUUAAAAAGGUAUAAAUAGAGUUAUAUUGUGAAAUGCAGGCUUCAACUACAGCCCCUGUGUUUUAAACCACGCGCCCUGUGGCGUACAACGAGUGCUCCCACUUUGAGCGGGUAGCAAACGUAAGCGAGCUGUUUCCUCCACAGCUAGCCUUUCACUUUUGAAACAUUUCUGUGUUUGAAGUCGUCACACGCGGCUGCUGAGUGUUGGACGGCAGACGACAGCUGAAGGGACAAAAUGAACAGUCGACUGCAGGAAAUCCGGGAGCGACAAAAACUAAGACGGCAGCUUCUCGCUCAGCAGCUGGGAGCUGAGAGUGCAGACAGUAUUGGGGCUGUGCUGAACAGUAAAGAUGAACUCAAGGAGAUAGAAGAGACCAGAGAAACGUGCAGGGCGUCGUUGGAUCAAUCCGCUCCACCGUCCAAAAAGAAGGCCCUGGCGGAGGGAGAUGACAUCGAGGAAGAUGUGGAGGAACAAAAAGAUGAGGUGGAGGUGCAGCAGCCGGAGGAAAGUAACCCAUAUGAGGAAGUAUACAAGGACUCAAGUACUUUCCUUAAGGGUACCCAGAGUUUAAACCCUCACAAUGAUUAUUGUCAACACUUUGUGGACACGGGUCACAGGCCACAGAACUUCAUUCGAGAUGUCGGCUUGGCGGACCGUUUUGAGGAGUACCCCAAACUACGAGAGCUGAUCCGACUGAAGGACGAGCUUAUCUCCAGCACUAACACCCCUCCUAUGUACCUGCAGGCCGACCCAGGGCACUUUGACCUCCAGAAUUUGAAAAGCGAGUUUGAUGUCAUCCUCCUUGAGCCUCCUUUAGAGGAAUAUUACAGAGAAUCAGGCAUUAGCCACACACAGCGCUUCUGGACCUGGGAUGAUAUCAUGAAGCUGGAGAUUGAGGAGAUCUCUGCCCUCCGUUCCUUUGUCUUCCUCUGGUGUGGCUCAGGUGAAGGCCUGGACCUAGGAAGAAUGUGUUUAAGGAAAUGGGGCUUCAGGCGCUGUGAAGAUAUCUGCUGGAUCAAGACCAACAAGAAUAACCCGGGAAAGACCAAGGCUCUGGACCCAAAAGCAGUAUUUCAGAGGACCAAGGAGCACUGCCUGAUGGGAAUCAAAGGAACGGUGAGGAGAAGCAUGGACGGCGACUUCAUCCAUGCUAACGUGGACAUCGACUUGAUCAUCACGGAGGAGCCUGAGAUGGGGAACGUGGAGAAGCCCGUGGAGAUCUUCCACAUCAUCGAACACUUUUGUUUGGGCCGCAGGAGGCUGCACCUGUUUGGACAGGACUCUACCAUCAGACCAGGCUGGCUGACCGUGGGACCCACUCUGACCAACAGCAACUUCAACCCUGAGACCUACGCCGCACAUUUCGCUUUGCCCGACUCCUACUUGUCUGGCUGCACCGAGGAAAUAGAGCGCAUGCGGCCCAAGUCGCCGCCUUCUAAGAUGAAGUCAGACCGUGGCGGCGGGGCCGCGAGAGGGGGGCGCGGCGGUCUGAACGCCGGCAGGGGUGGGGAGAGAGGCCGCGAAAGAAACCGACCCAAUUUCCGUGGCGACAGGGGCGGCUUCCGGGGACGGGGAGGACCACAUCGAGGAUUUCCCCCACGCUAGUAACCAGACUGCUUGGAGUUGACAAGGAAAAGAUCAGGUGGUCACUUCAGUCUACUCUGACCCGAAGGGGCUGUCUACAACAUUUACAUACAUGCUAACUCCCCUCAAUAUGUGGCACACUACAUCCCGCCCUCCGCCCUUAUACGGCUUAUAGGACCUAAUGACGUACCAGGAGUGGGAAUCUUUGGGCCCGUAUCAAUUUGAUCUGAUUCACAUUCCUGGGGUGACGAUUCAAUUUAGAAUUGAUUCUCAUUUCAACACCAUUCUUGCAAUGUGUUAUUUGGUGUGAUAUUUAUGAUGAGCCUUUUUUUUAAAACAUGUUACAGGUUAAAACAUGACCUUCUGGUUGCAUAAAGAUGGCAGAAAAACAUAAUUUCUUUGAUUGAUUCGAUUUAGAAUUGAUUCUCGAUUCAAACUUAUUCUCGCAAUGUUAUUUUAUAUAAUAUUUAUAAUGAAACUUUUAAAAAGAAACAUUUUAAAGGUUAGAAACGCUCCUUCUCAUUGCAUAAAGAUGGAAGAAAGAACAUAUUUUUAAAAAAAUUUAUUCUUGUAAAAUAAUCACAGUUUUUUCCGGACUCUUGAGCAAACCGGUUUAUCAGCCACACCCAGAACAUUUUCAAAGAAAAAAAAAGUUUUCCAUGUGUUAGCCGCACCGGACUAUAAGCUGCAGAUAUAUAUGCUGCAAAAUUAUUAUUUACACCCAAAUAUUGUGAAAAUGUUUAUUUGCAUACCUUUAUUGUUUCCAAACAAUGUUUGCAACACGGCAGUAAAACGGCUGAUCAAACAAAACAGAAGUCUAGCUAGCUCUCCAAUCAACUAAAGAGACUCAUUAGGUCCACGGUGACAUUUUGGUGAAUUUACAAAACUAAAACAAUACAAAAUGAAUGGCAUUGUAACGUGUAACAUGAUAGUAUAUUAGCUAAUGCAAAUAAUGUUUGCUUGAUUACAUGACGAUAGCACGUACAAAUAUGCAAGAAAACACUCCUACAAACAUUACACUUGGGACGCUUCAGUAAGUAAGAAUUGUUUAAGUUGUAAAACUUUCAAAUGUUGCUUGGAGUGAUGAAUGAAGAAUCCAUAUGAGUAAAAAUGCUAUGGACGUCGAGAAGACAGAAGGGCACUUGUACUGCCGGUCGAAUGCUCAGUCUAAACAGAAGGCUAAUGCAGCACCUGCAGUGAACAAACUUGUCAAAAGAUGGCGCCGGAGCAUAAGCAAAAACACACUUUUUCAGUGUCUUUGCUUGUUUUUUUAACUAUUUGCAUCAUGGCUUUCAGUGAAGAAAAAAACAGCAAUUAGCCGCAAAGUUUUGUAAGCCGCAGGGUUCGAAGCUAAGGAAAAAAGUAGCGGCUUAUGGUGCGUAAUGUAUUUUUUUGGGGGGGAAAAUUUUAAACCAAUUUAUAAUUGUGAUUCGGAUGUGAAUUGAUUUUUUUUAUUUUUUUUGUACAGCCGUCCAGGUACGUACACAACAUGAGCUUCAGGUGUUGUUUGCUAUUGUGAGCCAUUUGGAUCGUUAGCUGUCAUUGAAUGUAUAUUCUGCCAUAACAAGAUGGCUGCAUAGUCUGGGACUGCUUUGGGUGUGCUCCCUGCGGACCUACCUGUCUGCCUGAGUGCUCCCUGCGGACCUACCUGUCUGCCUGAGUGCUCCCUGCGGACCUACCUGUCUGCCUGAGUGCUCCCUGUGGACAUACCUGUCUGCCUGAGUGCUCCCUGCGGACCUACCUGUCUGCCUGAGUGCUCCCUGCGGACCUACCUGUCUGCCUCAGUGCUCCCUGCGGACCUACCUGUCUGCCUGAGUGCUCCCUGCGGACCUACCUGUCUGCCUGAGUGCUCCCUGCGGACCUACCUGUCUGCCUGAGUGCUCCCUGCGGACCUACCUGUCUGCCUGAGUGCUCCCUGCGGACAUACCUGUCUGCCUGAGUGCUCCCUGCGGACCUACCUGUUUGGCUGGGUAAAACCAAUUGUUUUAUUUGGGCUGAUAAAAUAGUUUUUAUGACAUACUCUUAGUCACUCUAAAAAUAUCCCAAAUUGUCAAACAAAAGUGUGCCAUUCCACCGCUCAGAGUGUUCUUGUUAUAAGUGAUAAAUGUAACUGUGAGGAAGUUGCAGACAGCCCCUUUAGAGGCCCCUCCCCCUUGGCAAUAUUGUUCAACCGUCAUGUUUAUCCAGCACAGUCUACUGUCGUCAUAUCAUUGGAUUUCUUUUCUUUCUUUUUUUUUUUUUUUUUUUAAAUACAUCUAAAAAGAGACUAUUUUUGGAGCAAAAUAUGUUGCAAUCCCAAAAGUUGACGUAGAAGUAAUAAAAGAUGUUGUAAUUUGAUGCCAACUCAACACAGAAAGGAGCUCCCACUUUGUUUAUCCAAGUAAUAAGCAACAGUUUGUCCUAAUAACCCUUUUCACAGACUGGUGUUUAUGUCACGAGCCAGCCCGCUUUCUUCUUUACCUGAAAACCCAAGUACUCGUAAAACUACUUGCAAAAAUUACGUUUUUGUUCUUGUUUUUCGUUUUCUUCAUAUUUUAUUAAAUAAUAGUUUUCAUUUUAUUUUUAUUUUUUUCAACAUUAAAAACAUUGUCCUUGUCACAACAUGUCAUGGAGGUUCUUUCUUAUGUACGUGCCUCCACUCUGACAACAUCGUCCUCCUUGUUGUAGUUUUCAGUGCUUCCACAGCGAGCCUACCGACAGAUACAAGUUGCAACCGUAUGAGGAAUGUCUAUAGCAGAUGAUGCAUGUGCAUGUACGAGCCAGUCUGCCCCUCACUAAAGCGUAAUAGGCCCCCUUAAAUACAAAAAACUAAAUGCUA